AUGGCAUCUUCUGAACCUGCCUCCCAGGAGCCAGUCGGUUCCGAGACCGUUGAGCAGCCCGAAUAUGCCGCCGUCUCCGAUGUUAAGUCCGACGUGAAGGAGGAGGAGGAUAAGACUGCGAGUGAAGGGGAGACGAAGCUGGGUGAGACCGCAGAAGGAGAGGCACAGGAGGGUGAAUCAGCUGUGACAGAGGGGGAGACACAGCAGGAGGAGGAGGUUGAGGAGCGGAAGCCGAAGAAUAGAUUUUGGUGA